UUGAUGUUUGGGCAAUUGGAUGCAUAUUAGCCGAAAUGAUCAAUAGGAAAACUUUAUUCCCGGGUAGCGAUCGACUUGAUCAGUGGAAUAAAAUCAUUGAAAUUUUGGGUACACCAAGCCAGGAAUUUAUCAACAAGUUAGAGCAUCAUACCAGAAAUUUUGUAAAAAGUAAGGGUCACAAUGAUCCAUUACCAUUUGAAGAAAUUUUCCCGGAUGAAUGCUUCAUUGGAAAUUAUGCAAAAGCGCCACAACUUUGUGCUUCCGUGGCACGUGAUUUGCUAUUUAAAAUGCUUCAAAUUGAUCCAGAAAAAAGGAUAAGUAUUGAUGAAGCAGUACGUCAUCCUUACGUAAGUCUGUGGUUUAGAGAUGAGGAAUGGAACGUACCACUUCCAGAAAAUCGAUAUGACGCAAAUAAUGAUCUAACUGAGUUACCAAUAACUUCAUGGAAAGGUCAUGAUUAUAAUUUUUUUUUAUAA